AUGUUCGGUUUAGGAGGUGCCCCCCAAGUUUCGUCCCAGCAAAAAAUCCAGGCUGCAGAGGCAGAGUUGGACAUGGUCACUGGCAUGUUCAACUCUUUGGUUGAGCAAUGCCACGCCAAGUGUAUCAACAAGUCCUACGCUGAGGGCGAUGUCUCCAAGCAAGAGGCUGUUUGCUUGGACAGAUGUGUUUCCAAGUACUUUGAGACCAACGUGAAGGUUGGCGACAGCAUGCAGAAGUUGGGCCAGUCUGGUUCUUUCAUGGGCAGAUAG